ACUGGUUCGCUUAUAACUGCUUCGGAAACUUAUGUUCUUGUGUGGAAUUACGUAUUUUUGCUGAGAGCUUUUAAUUAUUUUUCAGUUCUUUACAUGUGCAGGGUUUCCGCUGAAAACGCUAAACCCAGCGGCGCCUUUAGUACCGACUUUACGGCUGCUACACAUCGACCUGCGCCGAUGCCGCUCAGCCAACCAGCGCUGUGUUGAUUUAAGGGAUCACAGAAGCUGGAGCCGUUUCAUCGAUUUUCUAUGCUAAUUUAAAUCGUAUGAAAGUCCUGCUUGAUGCUCCUUUGAUCGAGCUCAGCACUGGGGCGAGUGUUCCUCCCAACACAGCCCCGUUAGGCGGUGGAGUUAGCGCUGUGGCUAGGAUGUAGUCAAUGUUAGCUGGAGCACCUGGGCAGAACCAGCUCCUGUGUUUUUGGACCUGCUUUGUAAACAGCCGGAUCGAGUUUUCUCUGGAAUGCGUCUCUCCAAGAAAUGUUCCGUGUUCAAAGUGGUGCUGAGUGCCCUGCUGAUCGUGGCGCUGCUGCAGCUCAUAUACCUGUCCUUCCUGUCCAGGUUCCACGGGAAGCAGCAGCGCUACCGCUACUCGGAGCUCUUUGGAGGCUCCGCGGCCAAGAAGGACGCUCACCCCGAGAAAAACACGCGGAAGGAGCGGCUGAGGUACUCGCUGUCCACUGGUGGGAUCUUUGACAACAGCGGCCAGUACAGAGUAUACAAGAACUUGAUAAAGAGUGAUUUCACAACGAAUCAGAAACCAGGUUCCCACUCGAACUCUGAUAUCCUGACUUUAGCCACCCAUACUACUAUCAACAACCUGCACCACCUGGAAUCUCUGCUGGAAAGAUGGCAGAAUCCUCUCUCUGUGGCCAUAUUUGCACAUGGGGAAGAUGUUAAAUUUGCCACAGCUCUGGUCUAUGCACUCAGCUUCUUCUGCCCUCAGAUCCAAGCCCUUGUGGACUUCCACUUGGUCUGCCUGUCAGGAGAGACAGCCGGUUUCCCUGAACAGGACCAGGAGCACUUUGUUGGCCUGGAAGACUGUGCUUCUGUGUUCUCCAGACUGGAAACUCACAGGGAUAAAUACCAAAACUAUGCCAUCAGUGGAAACAUCUCCUACCCAAACAACCUUCUCCGUAAUGUUGCCCGAGGUGGCACAGAGUCCUCCUACAUCCUGGUCAUCGAUAUUGACAUGAUGCCAAGUGCUGACCUGCACCAGCAGUUCCUCGGCAUGAUCUUGAGGCGGCCACAGGUGAAUGAAGAGGUGUUUGUCCUUCCUGCUUUUGAGAUCCGCCAUGCCAGGAAGAUUCCCUCAACGAAGGCGGAGCUGGUACAGCUUUACCAAGUGGGAGAAGUGCGUCCGUUUUAUGAGGAGUUGUGCCCACGCUGUCAGGCUCCCACCAACUACUCACAGUGGGUCAACAGCCAUGUUAGAGAGACAGGCACCCUGGAAGUUGCUUACACACUCAACUGGGUGGACCCCUGGGAGCCCUUCUACAUCGGGGCUCGCAUUGUCCCCCUAUAUGAUGAGAACUUCAAGCAGUAUGGCUUUAAUCGAAUCAGCCAGGCGUGUGAGCUCCAUGUGGCUGGAUACAGGUUCUCUGUGCUAAGCUCUGCCUUCGUGGUGCACCGAGGCUUCAAGAUCCAGGGGGAGUUCCACGCUAAGAAAGAGGAGGAGAACAAACAGAACCGGGUUUUGUUUCGCAGCUUCAAAGAGGGUCUGAAAACCAAAUACCCGUCCUCUACCCGACGAUGCUGAGGGAAAAAAAAAGAUGAGGACGCUGUUUACUUUAAAGCUGUCCCUGGCCAACCUUUAAAGUCAUAACGUAAAUGUUUGGGCUUUUUAGAUUGUUCUUCUAUUCCCGCAGUUGGAGUUUAACCUAACCCAACUUGUGGGUUUCGUUAAAGUCUGUCUGAAAACACGAAGUACAGGAAGUUUAUCAGCAGAUUUCAGAGAACUAGUUAGGACUAUAGGAGAGCCAAGAGCAUUCAUGACUAGAUAAAAAAGAAAAUGGGCCAAUAAUUCCCGUUUGUUUCAUUUGGUUCAAAUGGCCUCUGUAGGCCCAUUGGAACCAAAUGAAACAAACGGGAAUUAUUGGCCCAUUUUCUGAUUGCAUUUGAUAAGUUAUGAGCUAACCAUAUCAGGUAUUUGUCUUACUUUAAAAAUUGUGCACAAAUCAAGAUACAAAAAAGAAAAAAACAUUGGAAUAGGAAUGUCUUAGCAUCUUCAAACAAACAUUUCCAGCCGAUUAAAGGUUGCCUUAAAUCACACCUAAAAGAGCGUUCCUAGUCAAACAUCGAUCAUAGAAGCUACAAGCCGAGCAGUUUCUAUACGAAAAGCCAGAGCAGUAACUAGGAAUAAGCACGCACAGUAUGGAACUCUCACUGUCAUAGAAAAUCCAGUUUCACAGUAUUUCUGCAGAGGUUUGAAAGAAAAAUAUGUAGCAUGAUCACACUGCUUUCAUUUAAAACUGAAAAGCAACAACUAUUCCUUUUGCAUAUCGAUUAUUACAUUUAAAAUGUUAAUUAUAUAAUUUAGUAAUAUAUAUUUUGAUUAGACACAGACUUAAGGGAAACAAAAUAGAAUAAAUAGCUCCUAAAUUUUGCAUAUUGUCUGCAGAAUAUUACAACUUUUUGACAUACUUCCCUAUAUAGCAUAACAUCAAGAGGGUAAUUUGUCCGUUAUUGUUCUGCUUAUCAGACAUGCUGCUCUUAACUUGCAAACUGUGGUUUUAAAUCAGUGUUUCCUUAACAAGAGUGAUGGAGCUCCUUUAGUGUCUAUAUCUUAAAUAUCUGGUUUUCCAUUAUUAAAAAGUUUUAAAA